AUAGAAAAACAAUACAUAAUAACCUAAAUUUAUAAAUGAAAAGAUAAUAAUGAGACUUGCAAUAUUAUAUCGUGGCCCUAAAUUAGCAUUUUCACAAAUAACUCGUAAUCUAUCAAAUGAAAACGUGCCGAAAGCUUUGCGUAGUCUAAAAUCAAAGUCUACUCGUAAUAACGCACAGUAUUACGUAGAUUAUUGUAGAGUUCGAGCUGUUGGUGGGAAUGGGGGUGAUGGGUGUGUUUCUUUUCUAAGUGCAUGGUGCAAGGAACACGCGGGGCCCGAUGGAGGGGACGGUGGUCAUGGGGGUCACGUAAUUUUUCAGGCUACACACUCCAAAAAGAGUUUGAACCAUUGCAAGUCAGUAAUUCAAGCUAAGCACGGUGACAAAGGUUCCCGGAAGGACUGCAAUGGCAAAAAUGCUCAGCACAUUGUCAUAGAAGUGCCACUAGGUACAAUAAUAAAGGAUAGCAAUGGCCGUGUCGUUGGAGAUCUAGAGGAGGAGGGUACGAUGUUCGUCGCGGCGAGGGGGGGAGCUGGGGGGAGGGGGAAUAAAUUCUUCCUGACGGAUACAGAACAAGCCCCAAUGAUAGCCGAGUUCGGUGCAACGGGCGAGACCUACCAGUACACACUGGAGGUGCGGUCCAUGGCCCACCUCGGCCUCAUCGGGUUCCCCAACGCUGGGAAGAGCACCCUUCUGCGGGCGAUCACCCGCGCCAGGCCCACCGUCGCCCCCCACCCCUUCACCACGCUCCGACCACACAUCGGGAUGGUCCCGUACGAUGACUACGAACAAGUCGCGAUAGCUGACUUGCCCGGUUUGAUACCCGGGUCGCACAAGAACUACGGUUUGGGCAUCCAGUUCCUGCAGCACGUGGAGCGCUGCCGCGGGCUGAUCUUCCUGCUGGACGGCAGCAGCUCGCCCGCUGCGCAGUACGCGUCGCUGUGCCGCGAGGUGGCGCUGUACAGCCGCGCGCUCGCCGCCCGGCCGCGCUGCGUCGUGGUCAACAAGGUGGACCUGCCGGCCGGGCGGCGCGCGUACGAGCAGCUGCGCCGGCACCAGCGCGCGCUGCCGCUCUCCGCCAAGACCGGUGCCCACCUGGCGGAGUUCCUCAGGGUCGUGCGCGACAUGUACGACGCGGACGCUGCGUAGUGCUCAGUUCAGUUUUUAUCGUUCCUGUUAAUAAAAUAUUUAAAUUGA